UCGUCGGAUUUUAUCGUGAAUGUGACACAUGUUGCGAAAUUUUUACAAAAUUUUGAUAUUUUUAACAGAUUAAUCCUAAUUUAAAUACAAAAUGCCGAAGAAAAAUCGUGGAAAGAAAAAGGAUGAUGACUGGAAUGAUGAGGAAACAGAGACGAAACUGGAAGAGAAGAUGAAAAACUUGUCAACAAGUGAUGACGGUGAAGUCAAAGAGGGAAAAAAGUCAAAAAAGAAAGAGAAGAAAAGUAAACUUAAAGAGUUGGCAGAGUUUCUAGAAGCAGAGGAUGAUGAGCCUGUUGUUGAAGAAAUUCAGCCCGAGAAACCUGCAGCGAAGGGGAUGAAGAAAGCAGAGGUAAAAAAUGGUAAAGGUAGAAGAGGUGCCUCUCUGGACGAUGACAAUGGCGAGGAUGAUGAUGAUGAUUUUAAUGAUGAACCAGAAGAGAUAGACAGGGAUAUGGCUGGUCAGUUUGAGGAUGAGGAAGCUGCAGAUGAAGCAGAUAAAGAAGAGACUGUCAAACCUAAGCUGAGUAAAAAAGAAUUAAAAAAGCUUAAAAAACAGAUGGAAUAUAACAAACAGUUGGAGAGUUUGGACCCAAACAGUAUACAUCAGUUUUCUGUCUCACAAGCUGAAAAAUCAGCCAAAGCAGCUGUACUAGAAAACCAGCUUGAUAUUAAGGUAGAGAAUUUUUCUAUAUCGGCACGUGGGAAAGAUCUGUUUGUAAAUGCCAGUCUUUAUAUCACUGCAGGCAGAAGAUAUGGUUUAGUAGGUCCCAACGGACACGGAAAGACAACUUUGUUGAAGCAUAUAUCAGGCCGCGCCCUUAACAUCCCUCCCAAUAUAGAUGUCCUAUAUUGCGAACAAGAGGUGAUAGCUGAUGAAACUCCAGCUUUGUCUGUUGUCCUGAAAGCUGAUGUAAAGAGAGAGGCUUUGCUGGAGGAGGAAAAAAAACUAGUAAAGGAAAGUGAUGCUGGCAACACAAAAAAUUCAGAAAGAUUAAAUCAGGUAUAUGAAGAGUUGCGCGCUAUUGGGGCCGACGCAGCUGAACCAAAGGCUAGAAGAAUUCUGUCCGGUCUCGGAUUUACCGUAGGAAUGAUGGAACGGCCGACCAAAAGCCUGUCCGGUGGAUGGAGAAUGAGAGUUUCGUUAGCAAAAGCACUGUUUUUAGAGCCUACGUUACUGAUGUUAGAUGAACCUACAAAUCAUUUAGAUCUAAACGCUGUUAUUUGGCUAGAUAAUUAUCUUCAGUCAUGGAAGAAGACGUUGCUAGUCGUCUCUCACGAUCAGAGUUUCCUCGACAAUGUUUGUUCAGAUAUUAUACAUCUAGAUCAACAAAAACUCUUCUACUACAGGGGAAACUAUGCUACUUUUAAGAAGAUGUUUGUACAGAAACGAAAGGAACAGUUGAAAGCUUAUGAAAAGCAAGAAAAACAAAUCAAGGAGGAUAAAGCCUCAGGGAAAUCCAAGAAAGUUGCUGAAUCGAAAGCAAAGGAAGCUCUAACCAGAAAGCAGAUGAAGAAUCGCACCAAGCAGGAAAUGUUUGCCGAAGACGAGAAGAAGACCGAGUUGUUACAGAAACCGAAAGAAUAUAUGGUGAAGUUCCGGUUCCCAAAACCAGCUCCGCUCAAUCCACCCAUCCUUGGUAUAUCAAAUUGUACAUUCAGCUAUGGAAAAGGCCCAGCAUUGUUUAAGGAUUUAGACUUUGGUAUUGAUAUGAACUCUAGAGUUGCAAUUGUUGGCCCCAAUGGUGUUGGGAAAAGUACAUUCCUAAAACUGUUAGUGGGAGACCUGGAACUGACGGUGGGAGAGUUGCAGAAGAAUCACAGAUUGAGGAUUGGAAAAUAUGAUCAGCACUCGGCAGAUCAGCUGACACCAGAUGAAACACCCAUUGAACAUUUACAGAGAAAUUUUAAUAUGGACUAUCAACUGUGUAGGAAGACUUUAGGAAGUUUCGGUUUACCCGGACAUGCUCAUACAAUAAAGAACCGUGAUUUAUCCGGUGGACAGAAAGCGAGAGUUGCCCUCGCAGAUCUGACGUGUAGACAACCUGAUGUCCUUGUUCUUGAUGAGCCUACAAAUAAUCUUGACAUUGAGUCAAUAGACGCCCUAGCUGAAGCUAUAAAUGACUUUACAGGAGGUGUGGUGAUCGUUAGUCAUGACCAGAGAUUAAUCUGUGAAACAAACUGUACUUUAUGGGUGGUAGAAGAUAGAACUAUUAACGAAGUGGACGGAGAUUUCAGUGAUUAUAGAAAAGAACUUUUGGAAGAACUAGGCGAAACUAUAGCAACACCAGGAAAUGUAGGGGCAAACUGAUAAUUUAUUAUCAUGCAGAUGAACAGAAAUUUAUUAUCAUGCAGAUAACCUGGACAUAGCUUGUUUAUUUAUUUUAAGAAAGUUUCCAGUCAUGAAGAGGUUAUGUAUAGCACUAUCAACGUACAAUCUAUAGAAUUACAUCCAUCAAUAACUAUGAAUUUAAUUGACAGCUUGGUGUGAAAGUUUAAUAACUCCACCUUUAUUUAAUAUGAGUUACAAACCGUUUCGAACCGAGCCCUCAUAAUGACUAAAUCACGUUUUGAAAUAUUACUCUGUUCACCAGUAAAUAACAAUUAACCUUUACCCAUUAAUGGACUUGGCCGUACAUGUGUAUGUAAACUUGGAACAUUCCAUUCAAAGUUUUAGGGAUUUCAAUAUCAAAAUACAAAAAAAGUAAGCUUCCACUAGUCUGGUCAGAUUGAAAGGGUGUGCAGGCUGCCAUGGCUCUAUACUGUAUGUCGCUAAUUAAUUGUAUUUUGAUCAAUAAAUCCCCUUAAAGCGAUAUUAUGGCUAUGGAAGUGUAAAUGGUGACAGUACAGGUAAAACGCAAAACAACUUUACAUUUUGCCAUAAUUGUGUGUAAUUUCAUAGUUUAACCCACAGAAUAUUCUUUAACCCACUUGACCCAUGAAAAGUUCUCUAAAUAAUGUUCGCGAAAAGUGUCAAAAGCGUUCAAUUUAAAAAAAGAGUAAGGCAGUCUUUUUAUAAUUUAGGCAGUUUUAUAUUUUAUCCUUAAUAUUUUUUUUAUAAUCAUUUAUCAGUCAAUCAUCAAUAUGAAAGUGAAUCUUUAGAAAUAUAUUACUAAUUCAGCUGAACUUGGCAUCAAAAAAUGAUCAUAAUGUCAUUUUAAAGUUAGAAUGGAAUGAUCCAGAUUCAAAGUUAGGCAAGUCUAUUUUUAGAAAUUCUGCAGGUUAUAGAUUACUGUAGUAUAAUUUUAAUUUACUUUAAUGUAAAGUAGACACAAAGGUCAAGUAAAGUAAAAACAAAGGUCAAGUAAAGUAAAAACAAAGGUCAAGUAAAGUAAACACAAAGGCCAAGUAAAGUAAACACAAAGAUCAAGUAAAGUAAACACAAAGGUCAAGUAAAGUAAACACAAAGGUCAAGUAAAGUAAACACAAAGGUCAAGUAAAGUAAACACAAAGGUCAAGUAAAGUAAACACAAAGGUCAAGUAAAGUAAAAACAAAGGUCAAGUAAAGUAAACACAAAGAUCAACUAAAGUAAAUACAAAGGUCAAGUAAGUAAAUACUAAGGUCAAACAUUUUUAGUUCCUGCAUGUUAAAGGUAAAGAGUGUCAUCUUGGCAUAUUGAAAGAUGACCUUAAACCCUAUAUGACCUUGACCUUAAAGGUCAAAUGUAGGAAAUUUUCUGUGUUUUUCCCUCCUUUUUAUCAACAGAUUUAGGAGAUAAAAUCUCAAGUAGUAUUCCUGUCAGACAGAUGAAACUGGGUGACAGAUAAAUCAGGAUUUAUUUAACUUUAUAUACUGUAUAUUGACUUUUUUUCUGGUCUUUAAAAAAUAAAUUUUAUGAAGAAGAAAAGAAAAAAAACAUGUACUUGAAUUUUCCUUAUAAAGACUUAUAUUUAGGAAUGAUGGAAGAUAGUUGUUAUUGUGUUUCUUUAUUCCACUUUUUUUUUUAAAAAAAGUUCAAAACUAACAUUUACUGCAAACGAGAUAUUCCCCCACUAGAACUUAAUUGUCAAAGUGAGAUUGUACUGUUCAUAUUUAUAUGACAUAAUUUUCAUGAUGGUCAGUUCUGUAAGUUUGUGUAAAAUGGAUAUUUAAAAUAUCAGCAGUUCGAAAUGAAAUUAAUGCUAUGUUAAAUUAUAUAAAAGGUUGAGAGACUCAAUAAAAGCUGAAAAGAU